AUGGGCACUGACUCAGCAUCGCUCUCCAGACCACUCUCUCUUUGCCGGCUGUUGCUGGUGCUGCUGUCCUUGCUGGUCUGCAACUCGCUCGCUCUCUGCCACAACUCAGCCGGAUCGCAUCUGGCCGGCGUUGCCGAUGCCAACCCCCUGAUCAAGCGCGAAGUGGUCCAGGACGGCAACAUCACUACCAUCAUCGUCACUGUCUUUGUGUACGUUGAUCAAAGAGGUCAUCCCGUCGAUCAGCAUGGGAAUCCUAUCGCCACCUGGGCCCAGCCCGAUGUCGACCAUGGCCCCUCGCCGCUGGUGCUUCUGCAGGCCGUCGACUUGCCCUCGGGCAGCUCAUCGGCGGCCCCGGCCCAGUCUACCGAGUGCCCGGUUGUCACCAUCACCGUGACCGUCACAAAAACGUACUGCCCCGAUCUGUCCAGCGCCGAGCUGUCGACCACAUUUUCGUCGGCGCUCUCGUCUCUGGUGAUCACCACAACCGUGCCAGUUAUAUCGAGUGCAUCCUCAUCCACACUCCCUAUAUCGGUGCCGUCCACAAGCGCAAAUACCGCCUCUGCUACAACCGUCACGGCAUCGACCACUCUAGCCACGACAUCGGUUCCUACCACCAUUACCAUUGUGACAGUACCGGUCUCCACUGGCUCCAUCGCAACUACGGCUCUUUCGAUUUCCACAUCCAGUCCGGCCCCCACCACCAUCGUGACCGCCGCUUCCGCCACAACUACCACCAGCGCCAUCAUGGCCACCACUGCCUCGGCAUCGAGCACGACCGUGUCCACUAGCGAGCCAGCAAGCAUGUCGACUACUUCGGCGAUGCCAACAACCUCCACGGAGACCACUGCCGAGUCGUCUUCGGAAUUCAGUAUCGAGUCCACUUUGAUGACCACCACAACGGCCACUACACCCGAGCCCGUGACGACACCCACCACAGCGUCGUGGUUGACAACAGCCCCGACACCCUGGACUAUAUCCACCACCGUCAGUGCCUCGCACCAUACCCACCAUACCCACCAUACCCACCAUACCCACCGUAUCCACAACCGGCCCAGCACCGACCACCGUGGCCACAUCUCCAGCAUCUAUGACUGUGGUCAUCACAGCAUCGACUUCCACAGCCAGCGUAUCCACAGUCCCAAUGACAAUGUCAGCGACAACGACAUUGUCCAUAACGACGACGACGAUCAUCGAAACCAGCACGACGACCCCAAACCCUACCCAAUCUGUGACAACAACGUCAAUCAUACCGACUUUAUCAACUUCCGUAUCGAUACCAUCAGCCACUACAACAGCAAUGUUACCCCCCACAUCGAUAACAUCAACCACGACACCAGCGAUGUCAAUCACAACCGUCUCGCCGAUAACCACAUCGUCAACCAUCACGACCACCAACUUCGUGACGCCGACCACCACGGCAAUUGCAACCACCACAGCAACCUCGUUCCUUUCGUCUUCGACAACAUCCCAGGUUGCCACAUCGCCUCCUUCAACCACUACAUUCACUCAGACACAACCAGGAACACAAUCCGCGACAACUCAGCCUUCCGAGACGUGGUUCUCAGGGACAACCACACUUCCAGUGACAACAACACUCGCUCCAUCUUCCCGAUCGGCCACCUAUCCGCCCAGCUGGCCCGCGACAACUGCAGCACCGUCGGUGUCGCCGCAGCCAAGCUUUUGUGGACCACCGGUAUCAAUGGCGAGACCUAUCGGCUCUUUAUGAUGGGCGACGGCAACCUGGUGCUCGCCAAGAACGGACUGGUUUACUGGCAGUCCGGAAGCUCUUUGGCAGAGCCAUCGCAGUCCUACUUUGCAGCCAUCGCGCCGAACGGCAACAUCUUUGUCGUUGAAUCAGCGACGCAGGCAGCCGUGUGGUCCACAUCCAUGAGUAACAUAGGCUACUCGGCUCCAUACUGCGGUCUGCUGCAGACCAACGGCCGCCUCACCAUCUACGACUCGCAAUGCCGCCAAUUCUGGAGUGUCGGUCCGGCCACCACCCCACCAUCACCGCCGUCUCCGGGGCCAAGCUGUCCGUCGAGCAGCGGGUCGACUUGCUCCAUCUCAUUCUCGGUCCGGGACAAAGUUGUUGUCGUUGGGGAACACUUCCGCCACUACACAACCUAUCUCUUCCGGCUGCUUGCCCAUGUGCCAAUCAGCACUGACUGGACCGUGACCGUAUCCCCAGACAUCGCCGGCAUCAAUCUCACCGAUUAUCAGAACUGCCUGGUCCAGUACUCAAACGGUUCGAACAUCGACCUGAAUACUGCGUCGCAUCAUCCAACCCCGAUCGUCGUCGGCUCCAACAUGUCUUGGACGCAGCAAAACGGCUAUGUCGUCGGACCCACUGGCCAGACCGCCAGAGUCAUCAAGAGCGGCUCAGAAAUCCAGUUCAGUAUGACCUUUGUCUUCCCGAUUGGAGUCGAUGCCUUCGAGAUGUCCGUCGGCGUCGACUGCAGCGUCGCGGCGGAUGCGAUCGAUAUCGACCCGUACAACGGGUAUGGCAAUGCCAGUUUCUGCGACACGCAGGCCGACGGUAUUCUGCCAUGGAUGUCAUGGCCCCUGCUGCAGUAG